UGAUCAGUUACUUGUGUUGAUGGAGACAUUGUACAUUGUAUAAUGGUAGUCAGAGUCCUUGCUAGUGAAGCGUAUGAUCACGAGAUAAGUCACGUGAAACCCGCCACUUUGAGGAACACCUGUGACAUGUGUGCACUUAAGGAGUUUUGGAAGGAGGCACCGCAAGCUAUUGAGGAGCUGAAGGAGGGAGAGGUGCUCGUCACGAGGAUUGUGAAGGAUGGUCAGUUGCGGGUGGUGUUUUGGAAUGAGAUCAAGCCGGGCGAUGAGAUUUGUUUUGAACAGAAUUCUUUGAUUCGUGGCAUUCGUUGAAGGUGCCGAAUGAUGUUGAUUUGUUGAAGGCGCUUGCAUACUGAGGGGCUUCAGGCUACUGCAGAAGGGAUACCGAUCC